AUGCCAGAAAGAAGGUAUGAUACAGCAGUCUCGAAAGAAGAUAUCAUUAAAGUCAGCGACAACUAUGGAAAUGUUAUGGAAUUUUUGGAACAUGGAGGACAGUGCCUCAGUGCUAGAGGGGUCAUCAUGGGAAAGUACCCAAACCCAAAGACCAAUUUCCCAAGGUUAAAAGAGAUGAAUAUCAGGUCAGACGACUUCUUUCUUUGUGCUUAUGCAAAAGCAGGGACACAUUGGACGUGGGAAAUCAUGAGUAUGAUUCUUCAACAAAGUGCAGAAUAUCAUCCACUUGAGAAGGAGACCCACAUGUUGGAAUUCAACACACUGGAAGUGCUGGAGUCAGAUCCAGUCAGUGAAAUAAAGGGUUUGAGUGCCUUCAUGGAUAAAUCAUGUGACGAUCAACUUGCCAAUCAGAUCUCUGAAAAAUGUUCUUUUCAAAACUUAAAGACUGCGUCCGCCAGUAUCAAAGGAGGAGGCCGUAGUGAUCCAUUGUAUAGAAAAGGGAAAGUGGGAGACUGGAAAAAUCAUUUUACUGUUGCCUUGAACGAAGAGUUUGACCAAUACCUACAACAGCAUAAGACAGAUUCAGUAUAUAAAUACGAAAUUUAA